AUGUGGCCUGUGGAGUGGUAUCUGAUGAGAUUGAAGGGUUCUGUUCGUACAAAAAGCCACCCUGAGGGCUCAAUUAUGGAGUGGUCUAAUUUUACUGAAUGCCUUACACUUUGUUCUCGCUACUUACAUGAUGGGACUCAAAGUGAAAAGAUAUCUGAUGAGCCUUUCAUUCUAGCAUCACAGGCAGUUCAAGUAUACUAUGUCCCUGAAGCAAUUGAUACUGAGUGGGUUGCUGCUGUUCAGUCAGUCCCAAGAGAUGUGUUUGAUUUUGAUAAUUUGGAGGAUGAGCACAUAAAUAAUGAUAAUGGUCUAGUUGUGUACCUGCCUAGUCUAAAUGGCAAUGUGACUGUGGAUAUUCUUAAUGGGGUUGUUCCUUCUGUUAGAACAUACAUAGAUGGAGAAAACAUGCCAAGACCAACAAAAAACAAUAAGGAUGUAAAUCCAUAUGAGCAACAAAGAAAUGACCAGAUUGAAAUGAAUAACCAGAGGCUUGAUGCUCUAAAUCUGCCUCGUAUGAACAGUUCAGGACAGAAUGUUCAACCUAGUAAAAGAGCAAAGCAAACACAACGAUCAAGUGAUGCAGCAACUGAAGGUCACAAUCUGCGCAGGUCACUAAGAAAUCAUGCUGAAAAUGCAAAUGAGCAGAUUGAAGAAGAUCCUGAGUAUGAGCCAACUAGAGAUGUUUUAUGCGAUGAUGAAGAUCUUCAUAAUAGUCCGCCAAAGAAGAGGACAGCAAGAAGCAUUACUAGGAUGGACAACUUAUUUGCAAGAACACCAAGCAUGCCUAAGAUCAAGAUAAGACUCAAUGAGUAUCAUCAGCCUAUUGGAGAGAAUUCUAGACUGUUUUCUAGUGCCAUUGGUUGUCUAGUGAGAAAGACAUUAUCAGUUGCAAAAAAGGACUGGAGGCUUGUUGACGUUGAAAAGAAAGACCAAGUGUGGGAUGCUUUAAAGGAAAUCUUUGACGUUGAUGAGGAUGCCAAAGAUUGGUUUCUGGUUAGUGCUGCAAAGAAAUGGAAGGAAUUUAAGGCAACCUUAAAGGACCAAUUUUUUGAUGAAACAAUAACAAAUGAGGAACUGCAGCGAAAACAUGGUGACAGAGUUAAAGAUACUGACUGGGAGUUCCUCAUUGAGCAUUGGACCUCUCCUGAAUAUGAAGCUCGAGCGAAAAUAUCCAAAGCUAAUCGUGCAAAGUUGGGGAUACAUCGUACAUCAGGAAGCAAGAGCUUUGCUUGUUCUAGGCAUGAAAUGGGUGUACAGCUAGGACGCGUGCCUCGAAGAGAUGAAAUAUAUAUCAAAACACAUACACGAAAAAUAGGAGUUCCAUCCCAACAAGCAGGGCCAAUAAUUAACAAACUUAAAUCAAUUAUUGAAGCCCACCCAGAGUUGUCAGAAAGAUCAAUUCAGCAAGGUGAUGUCUUUGCUGCUGCUUGUGGAGAAAAGGAGCCAAGAGGGCGUGUUCGUGCUUUGGGUCUAGGACCAACUCCCCAAGAUAUUGGUACCCCUGGUCUGAAGUGUUACAAGCCAACAAGGCUACAAAUGAAAGUUCUAGCUCGUAAAAAGGUUGAAAGUCACAAAGCUUCUCUAGAACAACGCAUACAAAAAUUAGAAGAGGAACUGCAUGAGGCAAGGAUAAUGCAAGAAAGAAGAAAUAUGGAAAUCGCCUCACAGAAUGGUUCUAAUUCACGAAACCAUGUGAGCUCAAGGUCUGAAGAACAUAUUAAUGAGGCACAACAUGCUGAGCCAUUUGAAGAUGCUAUUUUUGCAGAUAUUAAUGAAAACUCUAACGACUAUGAUGAAGAUAAUUACUUCCUUGUUCCUACUCAUACUGCUGCCCCAUCUAAGCAGCAUGCUAAUUUUCUAUCUGUGCAGCGUGCUGCUGCUCUAUCUGCGCGUGCUGCUGCCUUAUCUGUGCGUGCUGCUGCCUCGUCUGUGCAGCCUGCUCAUGCCCCAUCUGCGCAACUAGCUCCUGCUCCGUCUGCGCAGCCUGCUGCCCCAUCCACGCAGCCUGCUGCUGCCCCAUCCACGCAGCUGGCUCCUGCCCCAUCUGCGAAGCGUGCUCCAUCAAUUGAUCUUCAUCGAGAGUACAACGCUACCAACUGUAGCCCCAUCAAAGUAGAAUAAAGCUCCCCAUGUUUCACG